GCCACCUCCCCGCCCCAGAGCUUCGUCCGGGAUGGGCUGGGCUAUGUGCUGGGGGCCCUGGAGCACGAGGCCACCCUCUCGGGCCUGUAUGAGGAGAGCAGCGAGGAGGAGGCGGCAGAUGAUGGGCGCCUAGAUGAGGAUGAAGAGAAGGAUGAAGAGGAGGAGGAUCUAGAUAUGGAAUCCCUCGAUGGUGCUCAGGAGGGGGAGUUCCAGGAGGAGGAAGAUGAGGAGGUGAGCAUGGAGGACACUUCAGAAACCUCAGAGGAGGAAGAUGUGGAAGGAAAUUGGGAGGAUGAGCGGAAAGGAAGCAGAAAGUUGCCUGUGUCCCCAGAGGAUUGUGGCAGCUAUAAAACCAGCAAAGCCAAGACCUCCAGUGAAGAGAAGAGUCUUUGCCAUAACACUACGAAGUAUGUACCCCCUUCAGUGAGAAGAGCUGAUGAAGUAAUGGAUGACAAAAAGAGGGAAGAACUGGGAAGACUAAAGAAAACAGUGAAAGGACUAAUUAACAGGUUGAGUGAACCAAAUUUGGCCUCCAUAAGUGGACAGUUGGAAGAGCUAUACAUGGCUAACAGUAGAAAGGACAUGAAUGAAACCCUAACAGAUGUUCUUAUGAAUGCUUGUGUUACUGCAGCCAUGAUGCCUGUUAGAUUGAUGAUGGAGCAUGUCCUUUUGGUCAGCAUUCUUCAUCAUACAGUGGGAAUUGAGGUUGGUGCUCACUUUUUGGAAGUUGUGGUGAGGAAAUUUGAUGAAUUCUAUAGAAGUGAUGCUGAAGGGAAAGAAUGCGAUAACCUGUUUGCCUUGAUUGGCCAUCUAUAUAAUUUUCAUGUAGUUCAUUCGCUGCUGAUCUUUGACAUUCUCAAGAUGCUUGUUAGCACUUUUACAGAAAAGGACAUUGAACUGAUUCUGCUCCUCCUGAAAAAUGUUGGCUUUUCCUUAAGAAAAGAUGAUGCUUUGGCCCUGAAGGAUCUCAUUAGUGAGGCACAGAACAAAGCAAAUGCCGUGGGGAAAAAAUUUCAGGACCAAUCUAGGGUUCGCUUUAUGCUAGAGACUAUGCUGGCACUAAAAAACAAUGAUAUGCGGAAAAUCCCAGGUUAUGACCCGGAGCCAGUUGAGAAGCUGCGCAAGCUGCAGAGAACACUGGUUCGCAACUGUGCUUCUGGAAGAGACACACAGCUUCGUGUGUCAUUGGAAUCUCUCCUCAAUGCUGACCAGGUUGGCCGUUGGUGGAUAGUAGGGUCGUCUUGGAGCGGAGCACCAAUGAUUGAUAGUAACAGCACUAAGACUCAGCACAAAUUGCCUGUAGGAAAGAUGAGUUCAAAGAUAUUGGAGCUUGCUCGUAAGCAGAGAAUGAACACAGACAUCAGGAGAAAUAUUUUUUGUGUCUUGAUGAGUAGUGAAGACUUUUUGGAUGCAUUUGAGAAACUACUGAAGCUUGGACUUAAAGAUCAGCAAGAGAGAGAAAUUGUUCAUGUUCUCAUUGACUGUUGCCUACAGGAGAAGACAUAUAACCCCUUCUAUGCAUAUUUGGCUAACAAGUUUUGUGAAUACAAUAGAAGAUUUCAGAUGACAUUCCAGUUCAGUAUAUGGGACAAAAUUCGAGAUUUGGGAAACCUGUCAUCUGUCACUUUCUCCAACCUGGUUUCUCUGUUGGCCCACUUGCUAAAGACAAAAUCACUCUCCCUAUCAGUCUUCAAGGUAGUGGAAUUCAGUGAACUAGAUAAACCUAAAGUUCAUUUCUUGCGGCAAGUAUUAUAUACGCUAUUAAUGAAAACAGACGUGGAAGAACUUACGAGCAUUUUUGGAAGGCUAGCUGACAACCCCAAAUUAGGAAUGUUGCGUGAAGGUUUAAAGCUUUUCCUUUCCCACUUUUUUCUGAAGAACGUACAAGCACACAAAAGCACUGAAGAAGCCAGCCUACUAAAAGAAAGAGUUGAACUAGUAAGCAGGACUAUGCAAGCCAAAGAAUCCAGAUUAAAACUAUAGUUUUAGUUUUCAAAUAAGCUUAUUUGAAAAAUAAGGACUUGAUGAAAGCACAAAGUUGAUCCGGACAAUGUUUUCACAAACCAAAUACUUGAGAUGCUGAGCAGAGUUAUAUUGCUGCAAAGGACCCCGUGUUUUGAGGUGAUAUAGGAUUGUACACACCUAAAAAUGGUUUGGAGCAAAACAGAAACAUAGAAUACUGACAGAGGAAAAAAGUAUACAUUUUUAUACGUUUUUCAUUGCUUGAAAAAGUUGUCUUCCCCAUCCACCUCCACUCUGUAUACCUUCAGGAGAGAGAGCUGAGCUUCCUUCAAAGUAGUGAAUACCAUGGACAGUUGGCAACUGGUCAUGUUCAGAACCCCAAGUGUCUAGCCUUCCCAAUUCCUGUAAGAUCAUGGGUUAAGAUUGGGUUUGAUAUUCAAACCUGUUCACUUUUUUACAGAAUAAAUAAAACAAAAUUUUGUUUCUGUGCUAUAUUAUGGCCAAUAGUCUAUGAUUUUAAAGUGAAAGCUUUUUAAAUAUAAUCAUAUUAUUAGUUGUAAAACAGGCCACCAGAUGGUGCAGUCAUUGGGGAACAAGUCUUGUAACUAUACCCCAAUUUUAAAUAAAAUUUGAAUUUAUUGAC